AUGACUCAUCCACCCGACCUUUUUUGUAUCAUUUAUUAUCAAGGGUCCCGGGGCUUUUUGGGUUCCUGUACAAGCAGACUAUAUGAGAUAUUGAGUUUGGUGACAGUACUGGCUUUGUUAACAUCACAUAUUUUGCAGAAGGAGUUGGAGCUGCUGCGGUCGUGGGUGAGGGACCUGGUGGAGCAGAACGGGCUGCUGGCGCGUGCCGUCGAGGAGAUGGAGGCCGACAUCUCCACCAGGCUGGUGAUGGAGCGCCGGCGGACCUCCGAGCGCGAGGGCUCGCUGGUGGCGGAGGUGGGCGC